AUGCUUCGGUGUCGAGUAGCGGAUGUCGUUUCCAGUGACCAAAUGUGUGAGAUGACUAACUUUCCCCCCGUCCAGGCUACCGUUGGCUACGUUCAGCUACUCCGCCGACUUAGUUUCAAGCGGGAAUUCUUUGUGCCCUUUGUGCCCACGAAACACGUAAUUUUCACUUUUCAGACGCGCAAUCCGCUGGAAGAGGGAAAAGUGAAGGAUGAAGUAACUGAUCUUGUGUCUCAUUAUUUCAACUGGAUUAGGGAGAGGGGAGUCUAUUCUUUCCAGAUACUACAGCUUUAUGUGUGCAUCCUCUCGGGUUGCACCGUUGUUGUCAUCGAAUGCCCUGACACACUUACUACUUUAGACGUGCACUCAUUCUCGCAAGAGCCAGAGGCACCAACGGUGGGGAAGCGUCGCGUGUUGGUGUUUCCGUGCGAUAAUGAUGAAAUAUCAGACUCUGAGUUGGAGAGCAAUUAUUAUAUUGUCCCCACAUGCACGCUUUGCGCAGAGAGGUUGGAACCCACACUUACCGGCUACAGUUCUCCCACUUGUAGUUGUGUUGAUGGAAGGGAGUGCAGGUGCCUGCUCGAGCAGUCCUCCUGCGUGGUGUGUCAAACAUCCAUCACAAUGCAGCAUGAGAGCCAGAAAGUGCAAUGUGAGCAGUGCAGCCGCACAGGUGAUCCAUGGAUCUGCCUUGUGUGUGGGUACGUUGGAUGUAGUCGAUACCAAGCUAAGCACGCAAGGGAACAUUACCUGCAGCACAAACACCUCUUUUCCAUGAGCCUCCUCACACAACAGAUAUGGGACUACGACAGCGACGCCUUUGUGCACCGUGUGGUUGUUCUCCUAGACAAUGCUACGGGUGCUGUCAAUCGUGUACAGUAUCCUGACAGAGACAAUAUCCCGUCAUCCCUCGCGGACGAAUACGUUGACGCCGCAGCGGAAAAGGUGAGCAAGAAGCACAUUAACGCAAAAUUCGACUCCAAAGUUGAAACGUCAAACGAGCAAUUGGCUCUUAUGAUUAUAAGUGAGUUGAAUACUCGUCGUGUGGAGUACGAAACAGAAAUGCAUGGAGGCUCUCACCAUUUGAAUGAUGAACUCAUGGGUGACCCCUCGCUGUGUAGCGUCAUUGUCGCAGAAAGGGCUUGUGCUGCCUCCCGUGAGCGGUGGUGGCAACUACACAAUGCUAACAAAAGCAUUCAGGAGGAGUUGAUGCAGCGGAGGAGGGAGGAAGAAGCACACCAAAAAACGAUCGAUGAGCUCCAGCAGGAGUUGCGGAGUGUCGUGCAACACUACGCGACACGGGAGUACUCCCUCUUAACGGAAAUCAAUGAGCUGCGACAAACAAUUACAGACGUGGAAACUAACUUGCGAACGUUUGCGAAGUUGUCCAGAGGACUUGGGAACGACACAUUGGAACACGUUCGUAUUGUGGGAGGAACGAAGGAGCCAAAACCAAGGAGGAGAGGCGGAAAUAACACAAGAGACGGGAGAGCGUAG